AUGGCGCCUAAGAAGGAGAAGAAGAAGCGCAUUCAGCUUUGUAAUGCCCGUCAGAUAAUCUCUAGCUUCUACGCCAAACUAUUUACGUUGCUAAGCUUCAUUCGCAAAGUGAAAAAGGAAAGCGGCGAACAACUCAUUCAAGAUGGCGACCCCGCGGAUUACAAGUUUCUUCUUAAAUCAACCCUCGUGGCCGUUCCUCGAGAUCUGUCGAAAGCCCCGCCAUUCAAGCCGAGCAACACGCACUGGUUUACGUUGAAGGAGAUAACCAACCGUGUGAUCGAGGAUGUUUGCCGUUCAAACAAGAGCAAUGUUCUCGCUCUCGGCUUUGAGCCCCUCAGAGGGAACGGAAGAAGUGGAACAGUGGCUGGGACUAUUGGAAUACAGAACAGCUAUCCAAAUACGAUCGUCAGCUAUAUAAGAACAUCCAAAGCGUGGCUGCUGCUUCAUGAGCGCGUAGGAGAUGAUUUGAUGAUUCAUCUGCUACAGAACGUAGCCAUGUUUGUAAAGUCCACUUCAAAGUGUUAUUUCCAGGUGGCAGGGUUUCCCAUAAGCCGUAUGUCUCCCUUCACAGAAAAGGGCGUCGAUGCACCAGAUAAACUCGGCAGCAUCAAGCGCAAGAAACAAAAACCUACCGAUGAAGGAGAGAAAGCAAGUCACUCGAUGAGGAAAUUGCGGAGAGGGGGAAAAAGGAUGAGAAGAUCUCGCCAAAAUUUCGCCAAAGAAAAAGAUCACGAAGCGUCGACUUCAGACAUUGUUGUUUCUGCGUUUUGUGAAAACACACUUAGACAAGAACAUAUUUGUGACGAAGCUGCAAAAAAUACGAGAACCUCUCCAGUGACUGCAGCCCAACUCGAACAGCCUAAAUCCCGCAAGAGAAGGGCAAGCGACAACUUAAGCGAUAAUCAAGAACCAACCUCGAAGAAAGCAAAAACGUCUUUAAGCGUUGAAGAUUCGCCCUUGUUAUUCCCAACAGAGCCCGAAGGAAAAUCUCGAAACCUUCCUGUCAGUGAUCACACCGUGAGAUCUUACUCUACUUCAGAUCGUGAUAACGUGACUGAGCAACGUGGGAAAAAUUCAAAUUUCCUUAGUCCAAUGAAAGAUUGUUGCGAAGAUUCUGAGAGGAAGAGAACAAAUCAGAACGCUGAAAUUUCGAUGAGUUCAACAGAGGAUGGAUUAACAACAGGAAGUGAUACUGAAGUUUCACCUUUGCUGUUUCCAGAAGAAACUAGUGAAAAAUCUACGGAAGAGCCAACCUGUAGCGCCAGUGUCAGAUUGUCUUCAAAUAAUGAUGUAGCCAUAGCUUUGUUUCAAGAUGACGCUGAGACUGUUGUCCCGUGCGUUGAUAGUGGCCGAGUUGGAGAUGACUUGUGCAGAAGCGACGAUAAAGAGAUGAAAGCCACGCCGGUGGAAAUGAAAGAAGUGCGAAAAAGAAAGAAGCCCUUCUCUGCUGCUGGGGCAAAGGAAGAGGAGAAAACAAAUUUAAGGAAAAGGAAGAAACCUUGGAAGUGUCUGUUAAAACUUUUACCACAGCCGGAGCAAGGAAAAUCCCCGAGAAAGAAAACAUCGGCAACCAAGUUUAAAGGUGAAGGCAAAUCAGGAAAAAUUAACAGAAAAGAAUCAAAGAAAUUGCGUAAAAACCAAUCGACAUCGAAGACGCAUCACGGGAUCGGUAUGAAUGACCUUUACUUGCCACGCACAAGGCUAUUUUAUGCUUCAAAUCUCUCACAGAAACUUUCCAAGAAACAUGUGAUGGAGGCAACGCCCGUCAGUAUGAACGGAGCUCGUAAGCUUGUUCAUCGCAUCUUUCUGGAGGGAAGCUAUGUUGGAAAUGGUAAAAGUGAUGUCCAAAAUGCCAAGAACGUGACAGGAACCUCGAGCAACCAAAAGCAAACACCAACCAAGAAUGAAAAAGUUACAAAGGGUGGUCAAAAUGCCAAGAACGCGUCAGGAGUUUUGAGCAACCAUAAACAAACACCAAGCAAGAAAAAGAAGCCAUUCCGUCUGCCAAAGAGACUGAAGAGAAUAGUCCCCCUCUUUUUGAUGUUCCUGGCCAGACAUCGAAAGUGUCCUUUCCAGGUUCUGUUAAAGCAUCAUUGCACAUUCAGUGAGAGGAGAGCACGAGUGAUAAAGAGUGGCAAGAAGAAAGGACGCCUCUUCAGCACUCCUAAGACAACGAUGUGGAGCAAACGUCGUUUGAAAAGACAUGGCUCGAAGGUUGUUAAACGCCCGCCUGGUAAGAAGAAAAUCAAAGUUGAUGUGUUGGUUUAUCGACAUGCUGUCAGCAACUACACAAGGCAUGAUCAGGUAAGACAGUCUUGGAUAUCUGGAUUCUAUGCCGUGGAUUCUUGAUACCAGGUACUGGAUUGGGGUUUCUUGUCAGAGGAACUUGGAUUCCGCAUUCCAAUAAUUAGUGAGAUUCCGGAUUCCUUGAGCUGUAUUCCGGAUUCCAAAGCCCAGGAUUCCGGAUCCAAAGAGCAAAAUGUUGACCGAUUCCGAAUUCCACACACAAAAAUUUCUCGGAUUCUGGAAUCCGGAUUUCCUUACAUGGACCGAAAUACUGGUUCUCAUAUACCGCAAGAAAGAAAUACGCCCCCUUUCCCAAUUAGGCUUAGCCUGUUCCAGGCUCCGAGAUAGUCGGGCCUGCUGAAUUGAGAAAGCGCGAAGACUAAAAUAAAACGGGAGAUCUGAGAGCCUGGAACAGGCUAAGUUAGGCUCUGCCGCUGCUUGAUUUUUCUGCAUCCCCAACAUUGCCCCAUGCGUGUUCUUGCUGCUAAUUAACCACCAACAAAAAGUUUGAUUUAUGCCGCAGGUUAUUCGUUUUCUGGAGUGUGUCUGUCACAAGGUCGUUCCAAAGGAGCUGUGGGGAUGUCCACACAAUAAGAGAACGUUUCUUCGUAAUUUAGCGAAGUUUCUUCGACUUCAUCGCGGUGAAAAAUUUUCUCUGGGCCAGAUGAUGGAGGGCAUCAAGGUUUCAAAGUGUGAGUGGCUCAAGAUGAAAGCAGCGGACAAACGCAAAUUUGUUCCACUGUCUGAUUCACGAAAGCAACAGCAGCUUCUCUCUCAGUUUAUCUGGUGGUUUGUCACGCAGUAUCUUAUGCCCUUAAUCAAAAGCUUUUUUUACAUCACAGAGAGCGGAACCAACCGCCAAAGAAUUUUCUAUUACAGAAAACCAGUGUGGAGGAAGAUCCAGCAGUUUGGUAUAAACAUGUUAUGCGGCGAAUUCUUUAAGCCGUUGAAGACGAAAGAAGCCGAAAGGCUACUCAGCAGCAAAUCCUCUUUGGGUUUUUCUCCGCUAAGAUUUAUACCCAAGAGCUCAACAGUACGUCCCAUUACCAACAUGAAACACUGCCCGUCAAUCAAGGAACCAACCAACGCCCAGAAACAGCAGUCUAUCAACAGAAAACUUCAGAAUCUGUUUGAAGUGCUGAAAUUCGAGAAGGAGCGGAAUGCGAAGAGCCUGGGAGCCACCUUGUUCGGCAAUGACGAUCUUUACCGAGUUCUGAAGCCGUUUGCCGAGCGUGUACGAGAGUGUUUGGACGGAAAACCGCUGUUCUUUGUUCACGUGGACGUGAAACAUUGCUACGAGUCCAUCCCACAUCAAAAAUUGUUUGAUAUCAUGAAGGGAAUGUUUGAGGAGGAGGAGUACUUAAUUCGACGUUUUGCGUUGUUACGAAUGUCUUCGGGCAAGGUUUUCAGGCAAGUUUUGCGUAAAAUGUUACGGUCCAGUUUGAUUUAUUGGAAAAAAAUUGAAAGGAACUUCUCUGAUGGAAUUUGCACCUUUUUUGAUUUUCCAGGGAAUUUUACAAACACGUUAGCAACGUAGAUGACUGUCGUUCGUUUCCAGAUUUCUUCCAGUCCUUGAUAACCGCGUGGAAACUGAAGCGAAACGUAGCAGUGGAUCAAGUAUGGUACCUAACGGAAGACCGCGACAAACUGAUUAACUUGCUAAAGGAGCAUGUCUUUAACAACAUCGUGAGAAUUGGAAACAACUAUUAUCAACAAAUAAAGGGUACGUAUUCGCUGAAGAUUUACUAUUUCUAUACGAUUUGUUUCUUUGUUUUGGUCGCCCAAGUCGUAAGGUUGAACGUUCCUUCGCACUUCGUUCUGUACGAACAGGAUGAUAUUUUUCCAAGCUGGCACCCCUUAUAAUGAUUCCUGUAAUCUUUUUCAUCGCAUUGUAGACUUUGCGCUUUUCACCUGCUUGUUACCAGUUCCAUGUUUCCCGUGCGUGGCACUGUGUUUAAUGUUUUCCCGCGCUUGGCAAUGGUUUCAAUAUUUCCCGCACUUUGCAAUGGCAGUGGCUGUAAUGUUUCCCGCGCUUGGUAACAGGUGUACGUUUUUCUCAUUAGGCAAUGAUUGAAUGUUUUUCCACGUUUGGCGUUGGGAGUAUCUCUUUCCACGUUUGGCAAUGGGUGUAAUUUUUUCCGCCCUUGGCAAUAGGUGUAUGAUUGUGUUUUUAUGCUUGGCCGUGUUUGGAAAUUGGUGCAAUUUUUCCCGUUAGUUAAUGUUUUCCCACCCUUGGCGAUGACUGUGUGUGUUUCUAGCGCUUGGCAGUCGAUUCAUGUAUUUUCCCGCUCUCGGCAAUGGGUGAAUAUUUCUCCGCACUUGGCCCUACGCGUAUGUCUCCCCAGCUAUCAUUUAAGUCUUUUAACGAUCGCCCACACAGCUGGAACCCUAGUGUUGAUGCCCGCUGUUAGCCCAUUCGCACUGCAGUGCUGUACGCCGAGUUUAUAACAAUUUCUAGAUUAUCCGACCUACAUCCACUGAGAUGAAUGUGAUGCCUUAUACCUUGUAACUGUUUGUUUCCAUGAACCAAUUCGUGCUUUUUCAAAAACAUUCUAAAUAAAACCUUCCCUGUUCGCAAUCCCAAAUUGUUGCUUAAGAUUGCGGCCAAAACUAAACAAAGUUUAAUCCUCACACAAUAACUAAACACACCCAGUAGAGAACGCUAUCCAUCUUAUUAAAAUCUAGGGCCUGGAUCUGAUUGAUCAACUAUCAAUUAGAAGUUUAAAAACUAAAACCCACAUCGAACGGCUAACUUACGUAGUAACUUAAAUACCCUGUAGUCACACUCUCACUUCCAAACUGAUUUUUUUGUUUUCUACUUUACUAAGAGAUAUGUCGCUUGGCAUGUUUACCGACAGUGCGCCAAUUUUUCCCGUGCCCCCCCCCCACCGGCACGCGGCGAACAACAGCCACGUCCUCUUCCUACCCCUCGCUCCAACACCGCGCUGACAUACCCCACAUUGCCGCCCACACCCUCUAGACCAACAGUUUCAUUCUGCCAGUUUCAUUCAUCUCUAAUCCUACAGUAACUCUUACGCGUCCCCCCCCCCCCCCUCCUCCACCUCCCCCCGCUCGCUGUCGCUCUCUCUUUCUCCCCCUCCCCCUCUCUCUCCAUUAGUGCUCCAUCUUACGGGUAUUUAAAGCUACAUGGAAAGGGAAGGAGUCGAAAGAUCGAUUUAUGGUCACACCUGAGAAUGGAACUCGGGACGUCCCGCACAGAAGGUCGCCCACUAACCAUCUGUCCUAAUCCUUAAACGCACGUUUUAUUCCUUCGUUUAGGGAUAGCGCAAGGGUCCAUCUUGUCCACAAUGCUUUGCGGUUAUUUCUACAGUGACAUGGAGAAGACUCACCUCUCAGAGAUUUCCCAGGAUCCCGACUCCCUCUUACUAAGAUGGGUGGACGACUUUCUAUUCAUCACUCCACACAAGAUCCUGGCCUCCAAGUUCUUAAAUGUCAUGCGUAACGGAAUACCUGAGUAUGGCUGCUUUAUAAAUCGUGAGAAAACGCUGACCAACUUUGACGCAGUCACCGACGAUGGAGAGCAAGUGAAGAACGUUUGCGCGAGCACAAGAUUUCCAUGGUGUGGUUAUCUUUUUGAUACAGUCACUCUCGAAGUUCGUUGCGAUUUGUCGCGAUAUACGGGUGAGUCACGCGGUUAAUGUACUUUUCUCGUGGCUACAGUUCUUUUGGCGUAUAGGUGGUUUUCCACAGUCGCGUAAUUUUGACAUGCGUAAGGACCAUAGUUACGAGAGGAGACUGGUUAUGAAAGCCGGCAAACAUCAAACCUGAAAACAGCGGUGCUGAAGUUUAUACUGGAAGUUUUCUGACCGUGCACAAUCCUUUGAUUUUUGUUCAAAAAUUGUGACUGAAUAAAUUAAUGCGAUGUUUCUAUUGGUCAGUAAGUUCAAAGUGAUAGGAAUGCUAUUAAACGCUGUACACGGUCAGGUCCAAAAAGGCUAACAAAAAACAUAUAACAAAGAAGUCUGUCGGGUUUCAUAACCAUUGUACUUUAUUUACUAUUUAAGGACGAAAACUUUAACUGGUUUUACGUGCGUAAAUAAAUUAGGGACGAUGUGUGAAACGCGGGAAAAAAUGAUUGACAUAUGCUGUGUCGGGAGGGGCGUGAAAUAUCACUCACUGUCCUACUGGCCAAUUAUCAUGACGUCACUGGUAUAAUUUUCGACCGGUGAAUUUCGCGACAAACAGGUAUAAAAAGUGCUUCAAAAUGGCAAAACCAAACAUUAAAAAAAAUUAAGGACAUUUAGAAAGUCUACUCGGGUAGGCGGGUGCCCCUUCUACCCUGGACAACUUUUCUUCAUAUAAACGGGACCUAAGACAACUAAGUAAACGCCCGUGCGGCUUCUAGUUCUUUGUUGGAGAUGCUCACUGUUUCUUUGGCAUCCAUAUAGGACUCCCUUUAAGGGACACUUUGUCAGUGGCCUUGGACGCGCAUCCUGGUCAAGCCCUACGCUGGAAGCUCCGCUACUCAGUGCGCCCGAAGUGCCAUCCAUUACUUUUGGACAACAAUCUGAACUCGCGCUGGACCGUCCUGUUGAAUGUGUACCAGUUGUUUCUUCUAACAGCAUAUAAGUUUCACACCUAUGCUAAAGAGCUGCCAAAGGGCGAGUGUUCUUUAUUUAGCUUAAUAGUAGUGAUGAUGAUGAUGAUGAUUAUAGUAAUAACAAUUCCUUUUUAUACCCUUAGCAGUAUUCGUAGCGCAAAGGCUAGUGGGGCCGAGCCCAGUCAUAUCCGAGUGGAUAAAAUGCCGAACCCCUCGAAUACGCGUCAAACGCUCCAUUAUCCGCCAAAGUACUUUCCGUCCAACCCUCGACUGACUGGUAAAUUCUAACAUAAGCUGCACGCUCUCCAUUAAAUUUUUCCUCGUGAAAGAGUUCCAACCUUCGAAAUGACCCAUGUUGGCCCGAUAUAUAGAUGAUAUUUGAUAGCUGCGCGGAGGUAAGAAUUCUCUCUUCCAGUGCUGACAAAUAUUUGACGCGUGAACGUAAGCUAUUAAAUAUUUUUCAACACGAUAAGAGAAACUUCGAAUAAAGUUCAUUAUAUGAACACCAAACAAAUAUCAAACCAUUUCAAUUUCAAAUGUUUUUGGCUCCGAAAGUGCGAUUUAUUAUGCUACCAUGGCAACGGUAAUAUUUUCACGCGUGAAGAUAUUACACAGAUUAAGAGUCACGUUAACCACGGCAAACGUGAAUUUGUACCACGUGACUAAGUUUCGCCUUUUGUUGUGCUUUACUUUUCAUUGCUUCUACCCCGUUAAAAUUAGUACCUUCACGUUAUUUUUGUCUAUAACAACUGUUUUGGACUGUUAGCUGCACGUUUUCUAUUUUGAGAAAUUGCCAACUUGAAUCUGAUGUUUACCGUUUGCUUAAACGCGCUCUCAAUCACUCUAUUUACAGUCACGUUAACGGCAAACGGCAAACGUGAAAUUGUACCACUUGACCAAGUUUUCCCUUAAUUUGUGCUUUACCGAGCAUUACUUCUACCCCAAAAUUAGUAGCUUCACGUUAUUUUCGUCUAUAACAACUGUUUUGGACUGAGCUGCACGUUUUCGAUUUUGAGAAAUUCUUAACUCAAUCUGACGUUUGCCGUAAACGUCACUCUAAUUCUCUUUGUUAUGUUUUCGCGCGAAAGCUCACCUGGUUUUUCAUUUGUGUUUAAAUAAUAAGCUCACUAACCGGAACUCUUGAUCUCUGGGUAAACAUUCGUUAAUUGGCAUUGUACCAGUUGCCUCAAUUACAAUCUUUCCCAAAGGUUUUAGAACUUACACAAGCAGCAGAUUAGUCAACCCAAAAACUUUCCUUUAGAUGGGGUCGUUGAUGGAAGGAGUUCCUUACCAGAUAAUAUUCCUUUCUUAGGCCGAUUCUUCUUAAGACAACUGGAGCUAACACCUUAGUUUGGCUUGACAAAUGAGUAAGAAAUGGGAAAACAAGAAGUAACUAACAGGCUUUGAAUUCCCGGUGGGGGGAACUCCCUAUGAUGGCCUAUACGGGGAGGCUCCGCCCGAAAGGGGUACCUUUUUCAGUCUUCAGGUUUAUGAAAGGGUACCGUAGGGAUUUCACAAGUUGAAGUAUAUGAAAGGGUAGGGAAAUUUGUUAUUUGGGUCUGUGAGAAGGCCCAGAAGGGCUAACAGAUGAAUUUUAUGGCUUUAAAAAGUCGAGAAAGCGUUCUAUUUUUGUGAAGUUAAAAGGGAUGCAUAGUUCUAAACAAGGUAUGUGAAAGGGAACCAUUUGUCGAUAGAAGGUAUACGGGAAUUGUACCUUUUUCGUGAAAAAUGGUUUAUAAAAGGGUAAGGGGCUGGACCUCGGGGAAGAGCCUCCCCGUAUAAACAGUUGUUGAAUACCCACCGGGUAACUAACUGGCUUUGAAUGUCCCUUCGGUGGGGCAGAUAAAACUAAUCUUCUGUUUAUGUUACACAACUGGACUAGACAAAUCACAUCAGGGUAAUAGCUUAAUGUUUUGGUUUAACAAAGGGGGCUGAUCAAAGACAUAAUUAUUAUCGAUAAUGCUCUUAAAGGUAACCACCUGCAUGGAUCCCAUCAUGUUCCCAUGGUUACUAAAUUUACAAUGUGAAAUAAACAAGCAAACAUGGCGCAAUCGCAAGUGUGUCUAAGAUUAGAAGAAAGACAAAAAUGGCAAGAAUUUCACUUCUCACCAAAAAUUAUAAACAACUAACAGAAUUCAAAAUGUAUUUCACGUUUAUUGCUCAGCUGCAAGUGGUAUCAGACUGCAAAAUGGAAUUGUCCGGAAAAAAUUAAAUGCACUUUUAUCUAUUUUGUUUUUUUUUUAAUUCUACUUUGCUGUAAGCCCAAUAUAGUAAGCGAAACGUGCGUUGUUAACGCUGUGAAAAACGUUUUCAUUUUUUCUCGUACUACGUCGGCCAUCUUUAAAUAUUACGCAUUUGUCGAUUUCAAGCUAACCUGUAAUCAAAAACAAGCAAACAUGGCGCAAUUUCAAGUGCGUCUAAAAUUAGAAGAAAGACAAAAAUGGCAAGAAUUUCACUUCUCACCAAAAAUUAUAAACAAUUAACAGAAUUCAAAAUGUAUUUCACGCUUAUUGCUCAGCUGUAAGUGGUAUCAGACUGCAAAAUGGAAUUGCUUUGGGGAAGCCUGCGCACAGCAGAUGUAUUUCCGGUCGUCACUUCUCUCCCUCCAAAAAAUACUGGAGAGAGCGACGACUGGAAAUACGUCUGCUGUUCGCAGGCUAAAAGCUGGAUCGAAGCAGACCAAUUUCGAUAUAUUUAAAUUCAUACGUGGCUCCAAGGAUCGGGGGAAUAAAGCAAAGAAAUGUGUUAUUCAUUGCUGAGCCUCAAGAUGACUUCAUUUUUUAUGCCUCGGAGCCUCGAAGCUAAAAGCAUACUUUAAAAUACAUCAAAAUUGAUUCGUCCCUCGAAACAGUCCCAUAGUGUACUUCGAGACAACAACGACCCUUUAUCUCCGCAACCUCAAAAUAGAGCGUUUUCGCAUGUCGUCACGGCGGCCAUGUUAGUGUCCCAAAACAGUGAAACGGCGGUCAUGUUAGUGUCCCAAACCAAUCCUGUGCGAGUUGAAAACAUUUCUUAUGCAAACGCUUUUCUUGUUCCUAUAAAUUUCCAUAGAUGCUGGUCACGUGAUUGAAAACCUUCUAUCGCCAAUAAUAAUAAUAUAAGUUCCACUUUUAUGAGGCGUGCUAUUAAAUAAUUCCCCGGUGGAUCAAUAGAGCUUUUGUGUAAUGUUUAGUACCGAACUGGAGUGUUUAUCACGUUUAAAGCAUAAGUUGUAGCCUGGCAGCUGGGCAAUUAUAUAAACUGGAAACAGUGAGCCUCUUAAACUUAACUUUUCCGUUAAUCUGGUCGUUCGCCUUAAAAUCCCAAGGUUUGGGAUUAUUUUGGCUAAGAAAUUAAAAGGAGAACCGAAACUUUUUUCAAUCAGACAUUGAGACGAUCAUAAAGCAUCUUUUUCUUCUCUCGUCAUUCGUGAAUUGUUGGACGUUUACGAGCUUUUUCUUACUAACUACUGGCGAAUCGCCUGCACUUUCUUGCAAGACAAUUUUUCAUUACAUAAAUUUCCUUUAAAUGACUUUUCGCUCUCUUUUCAUUUUUUAUGUAUUUUUAAAUGAAGGUACAUCAAACCAAUAUCCAAAAGCGUCUUUCCUUUUGAAAAUUGUCAACACCAUAAUGCACUAAUAUUGUCCGGAAAAAAUUAAAAGCACUUUUAUCUAUUUUUUUUUUUUUUUUUUUAAUUUUUUUUUUUUUUUUUUUUUUUUUAAUUCUACUUUGCUGUAAGCCCAAUAUAGUAAGCGAAACGUGCGUAGUUAACGCUGUGAAAAACGUUUUCAUUUUUUCUAGUACUAUGGCGGCCAUCUUUAAAUAUUACACAUUUGUCGAUUUCAAGCUAACCUGUAAUCAAAACUGAUUUUUUUUCCAUUUAUUUUACGAAACAAGCUGUUAAUUCAUUAUGGUUCAGUUUACAUGUUCAUAGCCUGUUGCUGGACAUUUGUUGACAUAGAUAUUAUAUCCGCAAAUAGCCAGACCAGGUGUAAGUCGUUUGUUAACGCAUUGUCCAUGAAAGAAAAAGCUUUUAUUGAAUGUUACGCUUUCAAAUGCAAGCGAUGCCGUGUUUGUUUUUCAAAAAACUUAAUGGUUUCUCAUUGUUUUGGCGCAGCAACACAUAUCCUUUCUAUUCUUGUAUCGGCCGAAGCUUUUUUUCGGAUAAUGAGGAUAUCAAAUGGUUGUUUUGCUAAUUUAUACUGCAAAUUUAGAAUACUUACUUUCUUAAAGCAUAAUUCCGGUUGUCUCGGAUUUUUUCCAUUUUCCAUGGGUCUAAAUGAAGUAAAAAUGAACUGUCAAAAUCCUUCUUUUGAAGGGAAAAUGUUUCAAACGGAAAAAUUUAUGUUUUUCAAUAGGAGCCCAGUGUCAUUUACUGGAAUUAUUUUUGGAAAAAAAGGGUGUGGGGUUUUAACAGAUGUUGCCUAAAAGCUGUGGGUUUUUUUUAUUAAAGUAAUUUCAAUUUUUAUUAUGGGACUCAGCUCAGCCCCGCGACUUACUAUUGUGAUUUGUUAUUGUGAGUUUUAUUUUUGGAAUUCUGGAUAGUGAAGUGAAAAGCGAAGCGGAUUUGAAACAUAUCCUGAUCUCCUGAUCUGAUAAAGAACGUUAAGCAACAAGUGACAGUAACCAAAAUACGGAUUUCUUGCCAGUUAUACCCGGUUCAAACGUGGCAUUUCACAUGUGCCGAAUUUAACGCUACAUGAGGAAAAUAUAUUGUUCAUUCUCACUCUCAUUCAUUUUCAUGCAUAUGCAUUAGAUUCGGCACAUCUGAAAUGCAAACUUUGAACCGGGCCUAGCUACUACUCAUUGAAACCGAGCGUUACAAAAGACUGUGCCCCUUUCGUGAGUCAUCCGAAAUCAGUGUAGCCUGUAUAACAGAUGUUACUUUUUCGCGUUUUUCAGGCAAGCGAAGGCAAUCGCCAAGCAAGCGAGGAGCGCCAGACACGCGCGAUGGGAAGAGCUCCUUCCCCUUCCCGCGGGUCUGUUAUGCAGGCUAAAAUCGGUGAUGUUUUUCAUCAAUUGUGGAAAUGUUAUCACUCUACUUUUUCUCGUCUAAGGGGUAUCUCCUCUGAGAGCCUUUAUUCGGUAAACAAUAAUUUCAUGAAUAUGUCCUACAAGCCAAUAUCUUUACAUCUCUUGACCAUGAACGGUGAAAAGAUUAUUAAUCUAAGCGCCCCUUCUAUUGAAAAUAUUCUGAAUUGUUAUAAAUUUGAACUUCAGCAUUCGUUAACACGAGUUACUCAGAAGCCGUACAUAUCCUUUAAGUUUUCUGUGUUUUUGCUUCUUUUCAAAUGUACCAAGAAGGCGGGCAACUUUCACCAGGCCCUAAAUAGCCUGUGCCAGACGGGCGAACGAACGAAAAACGGCGGGACUAGAGAAAAGGGGAGAACCUGUAAGCAUCUUUCUAAAUACCUCAGUCCGCCCACUUCCAGAAAAACCGUUUGUCGUGUCAAAAUCGCAAUUGUCAAAAUUUGUGUGUAGGAGGGUUUCGUACGCUCGCCGUGCUUGUUAGACUCUGCGCUUACGAAGCCAAGUGAUUGACGUAAGUGUUUACUUAAACUGUCAAAAUUGAUUAAUCAUAGGGUGUACCAGAAGCUGGUAUACCAGAAUGAAGUAUUGAAAACAAUGCUUACAGACCCCACUUCCCCGUCUCCACCCAGCCCCCGCGCGACUUUGGCGCAACUUUUCUCGAUCCGUUUUUCCUACAAUCUUUGAGCCUGGAACAGGCUACGCCUUUAGUAUAUUUUGAUGCUCAUCCCCACGUUAAACUCGCUACAUUUGCCAACGUGGCCGCCCUUAAGUGCUAACGAUCUUGCGUAAAAAUAGACGACUGUGAGACUACAAUUUUAUUCAUUUAUUAAUCGCCGGGACGAUUAAAUGGAAGCCAGGCUUUCAAAAGCCCGUUUAUAAGGAGUACAGCAUAACAAACAUUACCGCUGCUGAGAUCACGGACAGGACCACGGAAAAAUACUUUACUGCAAUAGUCACACAAAUAACAGAACUUUAUGACUUCAUAUUUGAAGUUCACAGUGAGAAUCGAACAUGUUAAUAAAGUUUUUCUUUUCUUUGUCUGUUUUAGGGCGCCAGCCGAAGGAUAACCCUUCAUUCUUUUGCGAUUUACUGAUUGAUGUUGCACAGUACUUCCAUUCGACAAGUUUGCGCAAGUCUCGACAGCUAUCCCCUGAUAACGCUUCAUUUUCGUUGGACGAAUAUGAGGUCACGUGGCUGUGUUUUCACGCCUUUCACACAUGCUUGCAGAGAAAGCAGUCCAGGAAUAGGGAACUCUUGAGGUUUCUCAAAAUGGGAUUGUCGCGUCUUUGGAGAGGCAACCAGGAACUGAAGAAGGUCACAGCCAUCUCGGAACACGGAGUGUUUAAAAACAUUCGUUGA